AUGGAGACACCCGUUCUCAACGAAACUCUUGUUCACCAGCUGUUGCAGGUGAACAACCCUAACCCCUAUCUCGAGGAAAAUUCCGGCAGAUCGUGGGCCUCAUUUCCUCAACCUGCCUGGUCUGGCCCACUCCUCCGGAUCAGCACCGAAUCCAAGGCCAGCCAACCGGACGAGUCAAACAGAAUGGUAGCCCGCGCAUCUCGAUCGCCACUGUCCACGCGAGAAGGCAGAGGUGAAUAUCUUUGUUUGUGGGAGGUGACCCCUGAUGAAGUUGUUGGUCACUGGGACUGGGAGGAUCUUGUGGAUGAUCCGGAUUGGUUCGGCAAUGUGGUUAUGCCUGCCUUUGUGGAGCAUAAUUAUCGCUUCUUGGGGGAGUUGAGCGGUCAAGGGGAUCGUGAUUUGGCGAAUUUUCUUGAUGCUUUGACUGUGGAGUGCGCCUCUCUUAUCUCUGAUGAGGAGGAUGUGGAGGAUUCAGUUGAUGAGGAUGAGGAUGAGGAUGCCUUGACCCCGACGGGGGUUUGGGAUAUUGAGAAUGACUCGUGGUGGGCCACGUACCCUGGAGUGGAGGAGUCGAACGUAUUGUUUCACCCAGUCACGAGUUCGAGGAUUGUAUGGUGA